AUGUCCGAAAAGGAAAAAGAGAGUAAGCCAGAGAUCGCUUCGGCGACAGAGGCAGAGGCCACUCGCGUCAACAGCAGAGCAUCAAAUCGUCCGGCAGAAGAAGACCUGAGCAACAAGAUCCCAAUCCGAGAAAUCAUUCAAGUCACGUCGACAAUGCUCGCUUCAUACCAACUCUGUAACACGCACGAAACCCUCAGCAUCGCACUCAAGUACCUCUCCACAGCCAAAACCGUCUACUUUGACUGUGGCAUUCUUUCCAUCUUGAGUCUCAGGUGCGUGACGUCGACUUCUGAGGUCAAGAAUUCGGCGACGCUCAGCAUCUUCCUUAUCGACGUGCCUGCGUUCCAGACAUACACCCACCAAGCCAAUACUUCUCCUCUUGUACCAGUAUUCGCGAUCCUGACCAGCAAAGAGGUCCUCAAGGUCGGGUUUGACCUGAGCAUGGACGAGUCCGAGUUGCGUCACGGACACGAUGUCGUGAUCACACAUGUCCUGGAUCUUCAGAUUGUCGACUUGAUGUGUCGCGACAAGAGCGAAGAGGCGGUUUUGCAGAGGUUGGCUGGAUACUUGGCGCCUCGAGAGGUGUUUCGAAACCGAGAAAUCUACAAGCAUGUCCUGAGGCUGAGUGGACUCGACAAGGCGCUCAUAGAUCAAGGACAGUCAGUGCCGCGCAAGCCCAAAUUCGAUCAUUCCAAGUGGAUGGAUCGUCCUAUUGAUGAGGAUAGCGUCGUAUACGCCGCAGAGGACGUCUCUAAAACUCAAGUCCUUUACAAACUCCUCGUUCGCAACCCACUCGUUAAUCAAAGUGUGCUUGGGAUGCAAGAGGUCUUUGCAGAAAUCAUGCUUUCAGACGAAUAA